AUGCAGUACAAGGCUCUCUUCGUGUUUGCGAGCUUCGCCGCUCUUGCGUCUGCCGCUCCCGCGGACGUUGUCGAUGAGGUCUCUCCUUCGGACGAUGUUUCCCUCACCACCCACUUCACAACCCAAACUUUCACGGCGACCAGGAUCCUCGAGAACAUGUUGACGACGGAGCCUUACAUAACCACAAUCAGUACCGAGACUGUAUGGACGGUCGCGCACACCGUCACCAGCGUCGUCCCCACCAGCUCCUCCUAA